UAAUAGCUGACGCGUUAUUUCAGUAUUUUUAGUUUUCUUGCAAACGUUUUUUGGGUGCACACUGCUGGAAAUUCACAAAUUAAUAUACAUUAGCAUUUUUUUGGAAUCUGGAAAAAUAAUAAAGUAAUAAGUUGGAACUGAAAUGGCCAGUCGUGGUGCAACUAGUGUAAUCACCGCCACGACUGGCGUCAUCCAUACCACCAUAACGUCAACGUCAACAGUAACGGCAACAGCAUUGCAAACAAUCACCAAUGUACUUACCGUCAGCUCAGUGCACUCGAACAACGUGAACAUCUCAAAUAAUACGCACAGCGGAAACGCAGCUGCUGUUAGCACUGGAAAUGAUGGAACAGAUGGCGACGCAGCCAAGCCCAUGUAUCCCCGUCUUUUUAACAAAAUUGUGCUAACAUUGGAGAACAGCUUGAUACCGGAGGAGAAAAUUGAUGCGACCCCAUCCAGUCAGGAUGGACUCGAUCAUGAAACGGAAAAGGAUUUGCGCAUUCUUGGCUGUGAGCUAAUACAAACUGCGGGCAUACUGCUUCGUUUGCCACAGGUGGCCAUGGCCACUGGCCAGGUGCUCUUUCAGCGCUUUUUCUAUUCGAAGAGCUUUGUCCGUCACAACAUGGAAACCGUGGCCAUGAGCUGUGUCUGCCUUGCCUCCAAAAUUGAAGAGGCGCCGCGUCGCAUACGUGAUGUCAUCAACGUCUUCCAUCACAUCAAGCAAGUGCGCGCUCAAAAAGAAAUUGCGCCCAUGGUGCUGGAUCAGUACUAUACGAAUCUGAAGACACAAGUGAUCAAGGCGGAGCGCCGAGUGCUAAAAGAAUUGGGCUUCUGUGUGCAUGUUAAGCAUCCGCAUAAGCUGAUUGUAAUGUAUCUGCAAGUGUUGCAGUAUGAAAAGCAUGAGAAGCUGAUGCAAAUGUCAUGGAAUUUUAUGAACGAUUCGUUGCGCACGGAUGUCUUCAUGCGCUAUACGCCGGAGGCAAUUGCCUGUGCAUGCAUAUAUUUGAGUGCACGCAAGCUGAAUAUACCGCUGCCGCAUAGUCCGCCGUGGUUUGGUAUCUUUCGUGUGCCUAUGGCCAAUAUUACGGAUAUUUGUUAUCGAGUGAUGGAGCUUUAUACACGAGCCAAGCCAAUUGUGGAGAAGCUGGACGCAGCUGUCGAGGAACUAAAGAAGCGUUAUAUCGAUGCCCGCAAUAAGACUAAGGAGGCAAAUACGCCCCCAGCGGUCAUCACGGUGGAUCGCAACAAUGGCUCGCACAAUGCCUGGGGAGGAUUUAUACAGCGUGCCGUACCGCUGCCUACUGAGAAGUCUCCGAAGAAAGACUCCCGAUCACAUUCGCGAUCACGCACACGCACGCAAUCACGCACGCCACGUUCACGGUCGCGCAGCCAUUCGCCAAGUCGUGAGCGUUCCAAGAAGUCGCAUCGAGAUCGCGAUCGUGAUCGUGAACGCGAUAGGGAUCGAGAGCGUGAUCGCGACCGGGAACGUGAUCGCGAUCGAGAUAGAAGUCGGUCGUCCAGAUCACGUUCACGAUCGUUGCCUAAGCACAAAAAGAAAUCGCGCCACUAUUCGCGCUCGCCUACGCGAUCCAGCUCGCCGCACAGCAAGCAUCGCAAGAGGAAAUCGUCAAGAGAACGAUCCGAUUAUUAUAUAAAAAAGGAGCGGUCCAGCAAUCCGGGCAAUAAUGUAAGCGAUAGCGAUAAGUAUCGUAACUCGAGCUCCAAUUCCGGCAAGUCGCACAGUCGCUACUCACACCGUAGCAGCGGAGGUGGUGGAGGAGGCACCGGAACCGGUGGUGUCGGCGGCGCCGGCGUUGGCAGUGGUGGAGGAGGUAGCGCAGCUGGUAGCGGGCACAAUAGCCGCGGCGGACACAAGCAUCGCGAUAACGAUCGUUCCAGAGACCGCAAACGUUGAUAAAAACAACAUUUUAUGCUAAUUGAAACA